GGAGGCCUGUGGGUCUAGGAUUCCAUUUUGUUUGCUCCUUGAGUCGCGAGAGUCGGGUGUGUGCAGCAGUGGAGAAGUCUGUGGUUGCAGACUGGUGAUCGUCUGUGGAUAAGGGUGGCCCACACCCGAAGUACCAUUUGGAAAAACAACAGGAUUGUGAAGUUAUGGUGAAGUUAUUUGUUGGCAAUUUGCCUCCUGAGGCCACUCAGCCGGAGCUGAAGUCAUUGUUUGAGCAGUUUGGCCGUGUGACAGAAUGUGAUAUCAUUAAAAAUUAUGGUUUUGUCCAUAUGGAUGACAAAAAGGCAGCAGAUGAAGCUGUACGUAAUUUAAACCAUUACAAGCUACAUAACGUUUCUAUCAAUGUGGAACACAGUCGGGGCAAGCCAAAUGCCUCGACUAAGCUUCAUGUAAGCAACCUCAGCAGUAGUUGCACCAGUGAGGAACUGCGUGCCAAAUUUGAAGAAUAUGGUGCAGUCCUGGAGUGUGAUAUUGUUAAGGACUACGCCUUUGUCCACAUGGAGAUUUCGGCUGAAGCACUGGAUGCCAUUAAGAAUCUGGACAACACUGAAUUUAAAGGCAAACGGAUGCACGUGCAACUCUCAACAAGCCGCCUGCGAGUCACCCCGGGAAUGGGAGAAAGGACUCGAUGCUAUCGUUGCGGAAAGGAGGGCCACUGGUCCAAAGAGUGCCCCCUAGACCAAAUGGCCAAGGAGCUGGAGCAGGAGCCGGGCUACCCCCCUGAAUCAUUUCCAGACCCAUAUGGUCCCAUGCGUAGUGCAGCAUAUAGAACGGCCUAUGCUCAACGUGUUUUCUAUGACGAGGGAGAACGGUUUAGUAUUGUUGACUACUACCAACGCUACCGCGUGCGGCCCUCCUCAUAUGAUGCCAUUCUUGAAAGACGGGUGAAUGCUCUGCCCCCCGGAGCCUCCACAAUUUCAUACAGGGAACAGAUUGACUCUUUCCCAUAUGAGAGGCAUUUACUACCCCCACCACCCCAACUUCCUAGCUCCUAUUACACGCGGGAGCGUAGCCCUAUACGACGCUCCUCUUCUGCUUCCUCCAGCAUGGAAAUAUACCGAACUGAGCGCCGACUCUCCCCCAUUCUGCGGAGUCCCUUCGCUGAUGAUCCUCGAUGCAGCCGGGAUUCCUACUAUGAACGGGUUCAAUAUUUUUAAUCUGCGAAGGUAAGAUAUUUUCGGGCUCCGACGCGGUCUGCUGUUCGUUGCGUACGCAUUAAAUUCUUACUUCGGUUCUUCGAACUUUGCCAACCCUCAACUAAUGUUUCACUUUUUUUUUUUUUUUAAGUAGAAUAUGAGCUAUUAUAUUUUUGCAAAAUAUAUUUAGUUGGCUGCCUUUCCGCUCUAGAAGGGUAGUAUGUAAAGCCUCAAGUACGAUUUGACUGAAAACUAAAGGCAGUGCUUUGAUUUGUCCACAGAAACAUCAACAGUGUGCAAAUAUUAACUGUUGCUUGCAAUUUUUAUACAGGCGUAAAGUGUUUCAUACUUUUUUUUGGGGGUUUUUUUUAACGUUGAAAUCAGCAUAUCUGAAGAAAGGUGCAGUGUACUUUCAAACCACUGAGUCAAAUAUAAGGAUUUUUUGCAGCAAGAUUUAAGUUAACAUGGAUUUUUACCUAAGUAGACAGUUUACCUCUUAAUAUUUACUUUGCAGCAGAAAGGUGGUUAUAAUAUUUUCCCUUCAUGUAAUGUGAAGCAUGAUUACAAGCAGUUGCGUUGUUCCUCUUUGUCAUGUCCAACUUUGUGGGACAUAUGUUAACCUUGAACAUCUAUUUCCAUGAAUAAAGCAUUGCUUUAAAAAGA